AUGGGCAUUAAACGAGAGGCUACAGUGGAGGAAGCUCUUAUGAGGGAUAAAAGAAGAAGAAGGUAUCGCUCUCGAAUUUUAAAUGAGAUUGAGGCAGAAAUGGAGACUGUUAGCGAGAGGUUGAGAGUGAAUGCUGAGGCUGUUAAUAUGUGGAGAUGUGGGUCAGGGUAUAAACAAAGAUUUUCAGCUCAUGAAACUUGGUGGUUGCUAAGAAUGGCCAGGGAGAGAUGUAAUUGGUCAAGGAGUAUAUGGUUCUCGAAGGCGACUCCUAAGUUUGCGUUUGUGGCCUGGCUUGCUGCUAGCAACAGAUUGUCAACUAUGGAUAGAAUUACUCAGUGGGAUCCUGGAGCUGAUGCGACUUGUGUUCUUUGCAAAAGGGAGCCGGAGUCUAGGAACCACUUAUUCUUUGAGUGCUCUUUCUCUAAUCAGCUAUGGGAGCACCUAACUAAAGGGAUUCUACUCAGUGAUUAUACAAAUGCUUGGUUGAGCAUAUUGGAAAUCAUCUCCGAUGAGGGCAUGAAAAAGAAGAAGAGGUUCUGUCUACGGUAUGCAUUGCAGGCAGCACUUCAUGCUUUAUGGUGGGAGAGAGACAAGAUAAAGUAUAAUGAGAAACCUUCUCCUAUUGGGGCUACUAUGAAAAUGGUGGAUAAAGGCAUAAGGAACAAGCUGAGUAUUUUGAGAUCAAAAAGAGUGAAAGGGUGGGAGAAUGGCUUACAGUUUUGGUUUAGUACUCGAAUUUAA